AUGUCUGUUCUUGGCAUUCAGUGCUUAGGCCACCGCCAAGCACGAGCUCCGGGCCGUCACCGAUACGCCAGCAAAGGGCUGCUCGGGAAGUAUAUCCCCGAGGUCGACGAGCACCAUGUGCGAUCCACCACGCGCAAAAGCGCCGCAUCCAAGCAGUCGACCAUGCUACGCAACCAAUUCAUCACGGCGGCCGUCAUCUGUCUGGCGAAUGUGGUGACACUGAUCUGCUUUUGGGUGUUCUUCCCCCCAGAUGAACGAGGCAUCGGGACCAUCCAUAUGGGUGACUGCACGGAGAUGACGAGCAUCAAUAGCGCCGCCCACGUGGCUCUCAACGUGCUGUCGUCGCUUUUCCUCGGGGCGGGGAGCUACUGUAUGCAGAUUCUAGUUGCCCCGUCUCGGCGGGAGAUGGACGUGGCACAUGCUCGUGGGGUAUCGCUCGACAUCGGGGUUCAGAGUGUUCGCAAUCUGCGCUGGAUCAAGUCUGGGAGAUUAUUCAAGUGGAUAGGGCUUGGGGUGUUGUCGAUUUGUUUGCAUUUAUUCUGGAACUCGCUCACCUUCACAUCAACCCCAGUCGUGAGCUAUGCAACAGCCACAGUGACGAGCGACUUCCAGACGGUAGGGCGGGAUUGGGCCUUGGAUUCCAUCCCGCCCACUCUCUCCGACAAGAACUGGUCUGCGGUACACGACCUCUACAACCAAAUGGCCAACUUCACCCAUCUCGACAAACAAGGGUGCAUCGAUGCGUACAUCGACGGUCUUACGACCAAAGGACCAUUAGUGGUCGUCGCAGCCAACAUCACCGCGGCGCAGAACUACAACCGCACCCUGCUCGACGGCUGGGUUACAGGGUGGGAUGUCUGGAGCCAUGCCCCCUGGUGGAUCUGCGGGGCGUACAACCUACCAGACUACAACCGCCUGUGCACGCGCGAAUGGGCCAGUACUUUUAUCGAUGACUGGGCGGUUGUCGCGUGGGCUCACCAGGAGGAAGGCCGGCCGGGAUGGCCAUUCUGGGUCAAGGUCGAUCACUGCCUUGUCGGGGCCGAGAGCGAUAUUAGCCAGCGGUGCGGACUGCACUAUGGAACACAGGUCUUUGCUGUUGUGAGUGCGUGCACAGUACUUCAAUGCGGCUUUAUCUUAAGGGUUUGGUGGUCGUACCGCACAAAGUCUGCUCGACGCUACACGGAGAAGACUAUGGUUCUGAUGGGCGACGCGGUUGCAGAAUAUUUGGAGUAUCCUGGUGAUAUGUCAAACUCGCAAGUGGUCCAUGUAUACCCACAGGUCUGGCGCGCUCAGAAGAGUGUAUCAUGGUUCAAGACCAUCCAUCGCAAGGCUUGGGCAAUAUCGUUGAGUUUAUUCAUGCUAGGUAUAGCCGCUCCAUUAGCCAUACUGGUCGACUCAGUGGUCUUCUGGAAAGGCCGGGGCCUGGACAUGAGCCUCCCAUCCAUCGUGCAACUCGGCUUCGGGCUCAACCCAGGCUUCCUCGGCAUGAACAGCGAAACCAGCAACUACAGCCUGAUGGAGUGCGUCUUCCUGGCCAACAUCAUCCAGCUCCUCGUCAGCUUCCUCUACCUCUUCUACAACAACAUCCUGACGCACCAGCUCGUCGCCGACCAGUGGGUGCGCUUCCUCCGGCCGGACGGGAAGAAGGCUCUUCGCGUGUCAACCCCGCGGGGCAUGCAGCGCUCGUCCUAUCUCCUUUCCCUGCCCCUCACCUACUCGCUCACGCUAACCAUCGCCAUGAUCCUGCUACACUGGCUCGUCUCACAGAGUCUCUUCGUGGUGCAGACCAUCGGCUUCGACACCAACGGCGAGAAGGUCAACUUCCCGCACUUCUCCGGUUCGACCGUCGGGUACGCCCUUCUGCCCAUUGUUCUGGCAACCCUCUGCGGGGUCGUUAUGGUGGCAGGCCUGCUGCUGCAUUCUUUAGUGCGACACCAUCAUGAUGUGCCGGCAGGGUUCCCUGCAUGGGGCGCAAGCAGCGCUCACAUCGAAGCGCUGUGCUCGGGACGGCCCUCGGAUGACGUUGACGCCCAUCUCUUUCCCAAGGGAUUCGCUGGUGGUCACCCACCCAACUACUAA